AUGUCUGCCUUUUCACAAGCAGAUUUUAACACUGACAGAUACAAUGCCUCCCGUCCCUCAUAUCCGGAUGAAUUCUAUUCCCAUUUAAACACAUACCAUCGAGGUUCCCGUAAUAAACUGGUCGAUGUCGGCUGUGGUCCUGGGAUAGCCACAUUCCAAAUGGUCACCAAAUUGGCACCAUUCCAACAAAUAAUCGGAACAGACCUCUCAGCUCAAAUGAUUGCAAGAGCCCAAACACGUCAGUCCUCGACGCAGGGAACGGGAUUCGAUAACGUUGCCUUCCUUGUAUCCGCCGCAGAUGACUUCAGCUACUUAAAAAGUCCCUGUAAUAUGAUCACUGCUGUAGAAUGCGCACAUUGGUUUGCGUUCGAUAAGUUCCAGGACCAAUGUUUUCAACAUUUGACACCUGGUGGGACCCUGGCCAUUUGGGGGUAUGCGGACUCAAUCUUUUUGGAUUAUCCUGAAUUUGAUCAAGCUAUCUUGGAUCAGGCAUAUGGGGAGGAUCAAUUAGGACCCUAUUGGGAACAACCUGGUAGGUCCAUUUUACAUAGCUCUUUGAAGGAUUUCCAUUUGAAAGAGGAAUGGUUUGGUGAUAUCGAGGAGAGUGUAUUAUCGGCGGUUAAUCUAAGGAAGGAAAAUUCAACAAGUUUGGAGGGAAAUCCCUUGGUAAUUUGCAAGGAGGUCUCAUUGGAGGAAUUUAAAGAAUACACCAAGACGUUUAGUGCCUAUCAUGCCUGGAAGCACGACGACAAGAACAAGGAUAAGCCGGAUGUUUGUGACGAGCUGAUUAAGUUGAUACUGGCAAAACACCCUGAGUUGACCCCUCAGUCCAGGGUCCGUGUGGCAUGGAAUACAUUCUAUAAACUAGGAAGACGGGUAUAG